AUGGAUACAAAAUCAACAGAGAGAUUCCUCCAUAUCCGAGCAACCGCUAGGGUUCAAUCUUACUCCUGGUACUCCUCAGAGGUUGUCAUCUUUCAGAAUCAUCAUGUGGAGAUACUGUUACAAGACAAGCGUAGCGGUUCUUGUCUCAUCGAAACCCUAGGCUCCUACCUCGAUCCUUGCCGCGAGGGCUCUACUCUCUCCCUUGAUUUCGAUAACUUCACACCGAGCUACAUCUUCCGUCGUCUCGCCAAGGAAUUGAACGACAGUAACUUGUCCAGGUACAUGAGAGAUUAUAUUUUUGAUGAAUCUCAGCGGAGAGACUUGCCGCAGGGGCAACCACUGCUCAUCACCGUUCUUGUGGAAUCGACACGCAGAGUGUAUUUGGAGAGGGAGGAGACGUGUGCAAUCUGUCUUGACGAUUUUGAGAGUAAAACCAUGUCCAUGUUUCCCGGUUGCUACCAUCAGUUUCAUAGAGAAUGUCUUUGUGAAUGGAUCGUGCGAAGAGGCCAUGACUCUUGCCCUCUCUGCCGCCAUCCUGUCAAAUAA